AUGUCCUCGUGGAAGCUAAGGCUGCCCUCUAAUGUAACAAAGGCUGCGAAGCGUCAUCACGAGCUUGUCGACAUUGUUUUGAAUGCCUUGGAUACCUUGUCGCAAGAAAUUGAUGCGACGAAGAUCUACGUUCGGCUUUACGCAAAGUCCCCCCUUCUUCAAAGUGCAGUUGAGACACUGUAUGUUGCAGUCCUAGUGGCGAUCGAAGAGAUGAUCAGAUGGCUUGAAGAUCUCAUGAAGGACUUUGGCGGGUUCAGGGCAUGGCUCAAGUCGAUCUUCGCCGGUGACGACUACGGUUCUGAACUCCGAGAAAAGAUUACCACCAGCAUUGAGGAAGCUUCGACACAAUUUGACGAUGCAGUCAGAGAAUCCUUUCAUCUUAAGUUUGACGGUGUUGCCGAGGACAUAACUACACUUGGCAAUUCCUUUGACAAAUUUCAUCAAUUGCAGGGAGAUGAGUCGAAGAGGAGGGCCGAAGAAGCUAAACGACAAGAAGCAGAGGCGCAAAAGUCCUUUGAGGCAUUGAAAUCAAUCGAGAAUUUCCUUCAUGACAGGGCGCAGGAGUCUAAGUGGUGGAUGAAAGAGAUCGAAUCCUUGCGGGCAGAACUCAAUUUCCAACGUCAACAGCAGGUUCACCAGAUCACACACCACUACCACCUAUCGAUCCCCAAAGUCACGAUAUCACAAUUACUUUCGGCGCUUGGAUUCGGGUUAUUGGCGACUGCCGAGGCACAUGCUGCCUUUGCUAUACAGCGAGACUCGGAGUUCGUGUCCUUCAUGGGCAAAUCGCUGAACGCACAAAAGCAAGGCCGUAUUACCUCCAUCACGCAGGACUUCAGAUUUCAAGAUUGGUUCAAAUCUAUGAACUCUCAAGUCUUGACCGUUUGUGGCAUGGAUUUUGACGCAUUACAUACCGAUGUUGUCUCGCCCUUGAGCUACAUGUGUUCCAUACUGGCUCGGACACUUUCCCGCAUCAAUUGUGCUCGCCCUCUGGCAUUCUUCUGCCGUCUACACUGCGACCCAGACGGUGCUCUUUCUGGUCCCACUGGUUUGUUAAGGUCAUUGAUCUCACAAAUUGUUCUUUCUUCAUCGGAUCAAAUUGAGUUGGGGUUUCUAGCAGAGGCAGACUUGCAAACCAUUCGAAGUCAUGAUCUGGAAAUCCUAUGGGGCGUAUUCGAGAAUAUCGUAAACCAAUUGGGAUCCGGAGUUAUUUUUUGUAUGAUUGAUGGUGUGAACUUUCUGCAGAGUGAGUUGCACAUCCGGGGAAUGUAUCUGGUCAUGCAAUGGCUAGGAAUGCUAGUGAAGGACAUACAUGCGCGCAACAGCGGGCUUGUAUUCAAGGUGAUGGCGACGAGUCCAGUCGGGAGCGAGUAUUUCCGCGUGUGGUUUCCAGGUGCCAUGGAGAUUUCCUUGUCGGGAAGCUUUUUGUCUGAUGGGCUGGAACUUAACGAGCACAGGAUGACAUCGUUUGCGCAAGGCUCAUUUUCAUCUGCUUGA